AAUACCGGAUGAUGAGCAAAUUCAGGUGAUGCGCACUCGAGUAAAAUAAUCGUUAAGCAGUCUAUUAUGAAUCGGUGCUCAAGCUGCUUGCGGCUUGCUUUAGUGAAAAAAACAGUGAGAAAGAUGAACUAAUUAAUACUGCCGGAAUGAGACCUUGCAAGUGACAACAAAAUGUUUUGGUACAAGCAAAUUAAAAAAGUAGGCAUACAUAAUGCGCUGCGCAUAGGUAGUAAAGGAAUAAAUUAAAACGAAAACCAUAGAUAUUCUCAAGAAUAACAACGAAAAUAUGUUCCUACGUAUGUAUGCAUAAAAACACCUAAACCGCAGUUUUUAAACACAACAACAAUUAUGAUGUAAAUGGUUACUAUAUGCAUAAAAAUUAAACUAUAGGUAUAGAAUAUAUAGAAGAGGCGCGAAAUCACAUAAACCUUGCGGAAUGUAGCGGAAGCAUAUGAGAAUAAAUUAGUCUGCAAAUAGAGUUGUUGUUUCUCCUUGAAUUUCGUUUAUUAAAUUUAUUUAAACUUAUAAGUUGUUUUCAAUUUUGCCAAUUUGUAAAAUGCUUAUUUUGUAAAUGGCUGUCGACUAGAAAACUACGUGAUAAAAAGUUUGCGAAGCAGUGUUACGUACAUAAUUAUUUGGUUACAAGCAAGCAUACAUACAUUGCUUUUCUAUGCAUAAAUUCAUUUGUACAUAUGGGCGCAUACUCAGUUUGUAUCAAUUCCCAAAAAAUAUAAUUUUGUAUCCAGAACUUAUUUAGUGUUAAAAAUAAAAUACUUUUAACAUUGUGUCGCGACUGUACGUGAUUUUACCAUAAGAAAAAUAUCACUCAACAACGCCCGAUACUUCACACAACAAAGCAUACCAGUUUUCAUAUAGUGCAGUUAACUCGAAGCAUGUCAUCUUUGGCAAAUACAUUGCUCCUAAUGCUCAUACUUUCCGCUAGUGUCCAUGCCUUCAAUCCUGCCGUCUCCAAGGACUUGGUUUGUCAAAUAAUCAAUUCGAAUCAAUAUGUUUGCGAACGCCACUUGGUGCGCACUGCAGAUGGCUAUGAAAUUACCCUACAUCGCAUUCCACCAAAAAAUGUUACACACAGCCACAGUCGCCAACCCUUUAUUCUCAUGCACGGUCUAUUAGGCUCUGGCGCAGAUUUUGUGCUACCUGGACGGGCACGCUCUCUUGGCUGUAUUUUAAAUGACCAGGGCUACGAUGUGUGGCUACCGAAUGCUCGCGGUACAACCUUCUCCAAGAGGCACAUUGCAAUGGAUUCGUCUAUGGCGAGCUUUUGGAACUUCACCUGGCACGAGAUCGGCUACUUUGAUUUGCCUGCUGUUGUGGAUUAUGUACUCGAGACGACGGGCAAUAAGCAGGUGCACUAUGUGGCGCAUUCUCAAGGAUCAACAGUAUUUUUCGUGCUUCUCUCCGAAAGGCCGGAAUACAACGAUAAAUUCGUAUCAGCAUCACUGCUAGCGCCGGUGGCGUUCUUAGCGCAUUUGCGUAGUCCACCGUUAAGAAUAAUGGCGGCGGAAGAUGAAAAACUCCAGGUGAUCCUAAAUCAUUUGGGAUUACACGAACUUUUCCCUUCGACCGCUCUGAAUCAACUGGGCGGGCAUCUGCUCUGCGGACAAGGGGCGCCCACACAGAAUCUCUGCUUACUGCUCACGUUUCUUUCGGUUGGAUUCAGCGACUACGAAAUGGACCGCGGUAUUUUGCCUCGCUUGUUUGAAACAACUCCAGCUGGUAUAUCGCGCAAGCAGUUUCAACACUUCGGCCAGCUGAUUAAGUCAGGUAAUUAUGUCUUCGCUCACAUACAUAUACAUAGCCAAUCGACAAUUUGACGAGAGAACUAGUCCUCUUUCUGACAGGUCAAGUCUUGAAAGCAAU